AUGGCCUGGAAACAAAUCGAAGAUGGGACAUGGCGCAAAGAGCUGGGUGGCGUGGAAAAGAUCUAUCGGUUCCAAUCGACAAUUUUCCGUGCCACCGGGCGUGAACACUGGGGUCUCUAUACUAUCUGCAAAGUAAACAUUUCCGAGAAUGCAGACCUCGCUUCUACACUGUUACGCAAUGCAUGGAAAGCAUUACGGUUUGAGUUCCCCGCCCUCACUCUUGUUGUUGACGGCUAUGAGGCGGUUUAUACUGGCGGGGGGAGAAAUGUGACUGUUCUUGGAGAAGAGGAAGGCAUCGACGCUGUUGCAAAUACGGCUGAGGAAUGGGCCCAAAAGACCUUCCGAGUCGAGCAAAUCCUAACCGUCGAGGAAAUACUUGCCGAUUACCAAAUACGAGAUCUGCCAGGACUGGUUUGGCUGCCAGCCACUUCGGAGGUCCUCUUCCUGACAUCGCACUGGCGUGUUGACGGCGUUGGCAGCUGUAUGCUGCUCAACCGACUCUUCCAGCUAGUCGCCUCAAAGGCAACUGGUAUUCCACCUGAAAACUGGAGUGUUGAGAAUGACUUGGCUAGAAUCUCGCCCAGUUUAGAAGAUGCAGCUGGAUCACCGAUGACAACGACCGCUGAAAUCGAGAACACGGCAAAGGAAAUUAGCACUACUUUCCGAGAAAAGGCUCUCCAGUCAAUCGGACUGCCGUACAAUGGCGACCGAACAACGCCUCCAGGAAAUCCUGCCGUACAGGCAAUUAGUUUCACUGCGGAAAGUUCAAAAUCCCUCGUCGACGCGUGCAAGGAGCGCAGAAUCAGCGUGUCAGCGGCUAUUCAUGCAGCCCUUGCGACAACCACAUUCGAAAUGACGGCCGCAAAAGACGUAAAUGAGUAUGUCACGAUCAUGGCAGUGAGCUAUAGGCCAUACCUCAAAGAACCUUACAACACGGAAGAACAUGCAUGCCGCACAUAUGUCUCAAGCAUACCUCCCACGGUGGCUAAGAAUGCCACAUUCGAGGAACAGACCACAUCACUGACGCAAUUGUUCAAGAACUGGCAUACAGAAAAGAUGUCACAAGCACUACGUGAACUGUACCGAGGGGCUUCCCAGGCCCUCGUAGCCCCUCGUCCAGGCCCUCCCCCAGGCCCUCCUCCUAACCCACCAAGCGGAAUAACCCACAGCAACCUAGGCGUUAUUGACCAAUUUAUUCGUCGACAGUAUUACAGCGCUAAUGAAAGACAGACCCCCGCCGUUGAAGUGACCAAAUUUCGAUUCGGCGUCAGCGUGAUGACUCGCCAGAUGCUCCUAUACCCGUGGACAUUCCGCGGACAGCUGAAUCUGUCAAUCAACUACAAUUAUGCGUACUACGAAGCUAAGAUACCCUUGCAGGUCCUUGACAUGGUUCAGCAGAAGUUAGAGCAAGAGCUUGGCAUCAAGUUGGAGAGAUGUGUCUAG